AAAGUGGCGGUACGGUCGCCAAAUCCGUAUUCUUUUUCUGUUAUCGUCUCAUCGUCAAAAAUGAAGAAACUUCGGCAUCAUUUAACCAGUUAACGACGUUAACACAACUGCGUUUAGGAAGAGUUGGGGAAGGCCAGGGGUGACACCGUUGCCAUGGCAGAGAACGGAGUGCCGCCGCCAAGGGCGGCACUGGGAAUGGCCGUUGCGGUGCUUCUCAUGUUACUAGGUUGUGUACGGGCCACUCUCUCUCCCAGAAUAGUAGUGGUGCCACAUGAUGCUCAACCUGGGACAUUGGUUCACAAACUCCAUCUAUGUGGCGUAAAAUUAAAGGAUGCAAGCUUCUCCGAGUACUUCUCCCUCAUGCACGACGGGAGCUUGAUAACGGUAGGAAACAUAUCCAGCAAAAUCGACAAACCAGUGACUUUAGAGGUAUACGACAAUCUACUCCCCGACGUGCAUCUAGAGACGUUACAGCUAAGGGUGCUCAAUACUCGUGGACUCCUGCGCUUUCCCUCUGACUAUGCCGGAAGAGUGCAGGAGAACUCGGCAGUGGGCACCCCGGUAACCGGCUUGGAGUUUGUCAACGCCGAAGCGAAAGAGCAGCACAGCAAAGUCGCCUACGAAAUCGUCUCCGGAAACACCAACAAGGUAUUCGCGCUGAAGAAGGCAAAGCGAGCGGGAAAUACGGGCGUGGCGGUGGUCGUCGCCGGCGGCGUCGAUCGCGAAACCGUCGCCCGUCACAACCUCACCAUCCAGGCACUGUAUGCAGACGGCAGCGACCACACAAAGACCGUUGCAACGGUGACCGUUGGCGACGUCAACGACAAUGCGCCGCGAUUCGCGCUACCACUCCACUCCGUCUCGCUGUCGACCGACGUUGCGUCGAUGACGCGGGUUGUGCGAGUCGUCGCGACAGAUGCCGACGAGGCCCAGCGUCUCACGUACUCGAUGUGGCCCGACGACCCAUUCUUCUUUGUCGCACCUCUCACGGGCGAGAUUUUCGUCGCGUGCGGCGUCGACGAGGGCGACUACAACCUGACGGUGUACGCGACCGACGACGGCGCACCGCCGCUGACGUCGUCGCCGCCGACGACGGUCGCCGUCGCUGUGCGCCGGCCGCACGCACACGUGCAGCGCGUGAUGGACAUCGUCAACACGGAGCCGGAGCGAGCGCGCGUGCGGCGUCGCGCGGGCCGUACGUUCGACGUUCCCGAGAACAAGACAGGCGUGAUCGGCACGCUGCAGCGCUGGGAGGAGGGCGAGCGAUUCCAGCUGGAGGAGGAGGACGAGUUUGUCACCGUAGAUCCGAACACUGGCGACAUCAGUCUGAAGUUCGGCAAGCAGUUUGACUACGAGGAGCAGACGGUGCACACGUUCAACGUGAUCAUCACCGGUGGAGUGUCCGACACGCAGAAGGUUGUCAUCAACGUUCUGGACGUCAACGACGAGAGACCUGAGUUUGUCAACAAGCCACGCCCAUUCCAGACUGUCGUUUCCCCGAAUGCUCCACAGGGGGAGCUGGUGUACGUUCUAGACGCGAGAGACAAAGACAAGGAUGCUGAUAUCAUUUACAAGAUCGAGCUGGACCUUAGUGGCGAGAAGGCGUUUGAGGUUGACGAGCGUACGGGCAUGGUGCGCACGCAGCGCGACGGCCCCUUCCAGGUCGGCCGCGACUACGUGCUGCGCGUGCGCGCGCUCGACAAGAACGGCAUCCCCGGCACGCAAGAGUCGGCGAUGGAGACGCUGUCGAUCGUCGUCGGCAACCGGCCGCCGCAGUUCUACGAGGUCGACUACGAGGCGCCCGUCAACGAGGAGGAGAAGUCCGACGUGAGGGUGGUGCGAGUGCAGGCGAAGUCGUUCUCGAACAAACCGAUCAAGUACAAGGUGACGACGGAGGUCGGGCAGCCGUCGGACGCGUUCGCCGUGCGGCAGCCGGAGUCCGGCUGGGUGUUCCUGCUCAAGCGACUCGACUACGACGACUUCAGCCAGCCGAAGACCUACCGGCUGCAGGUGCACGCCGAGGAGGAGGGCAGCGGCGGUCUUUCUUCCAGCACCCUGCUGACGGUGAAGGUCGUGGACGUGAACGACAACCCGCCCGUCUUCAACCUUCCCGAGUACGUCAAGGAGAACAUCGAUGAGAACCUUCCCGCCGGAAGCAUGAUCCUCGCUGUCACCGCGACGGACGCCGACAGCUACCAGAACGGCAAGAUCACGUACGAGCUGUCGGACACGCAGAACUUCACGAUCCGCAACGAGGACGGAGCGAUCCUCAGCAAGCGCAAGCUCGACUACGAGAUCCCCGGCCACAAGUACGAGUUCCAGGUGAUGGCGAGCGACAGCGGCACGCCGUCCAAGUCAUCGCCGGCCGUCGUGCGCAUCUUCAUGAAGAAUCAGAAUGACGAGGCACCGAGGUUCUCUCAGAGCGUCUACAUCACGAACGUCGCCGAGGACGCGAAGCCCGGCGCGCUCGUCACGACGCUGAACGCCGUCGACCCGGACGGUGACAAGGUCACCUACCAGUUCAAGGAUGGCCAGCUGGAGUCGCGCGAGUUCAAGAUCGACCCGCAGACGGGCGUGCUGCGGCUGAAGGACUCGGACGUGUCGCUCAGCGAGCCCUACUACACGCUCAACGUCACGGCGAAGGACGACGGCUCGUGCUGCGCGGGCGACUCGCCCGAGCACUUCUCCGAGGCGCUCGUCACCGUGCGCGUCAUCGACGUCAACAACAACAAGCCCGUCUUCCCCAACUGCACACUCUACCGGCCGAAGGUGCCCGAGAACUCGCCCGCGGGAACGUUCGUGCUGCAGGUGACGGCGACGGACGACGACACGGGCGACAACGGCCGCGUGCGAUACAAGAUCGAGUCGCGCGACACGGUGGCGCAGGAGCCGUUCCGCAUCGACGAGGACACGGGCAUCAUCACGACGCGCAUCCCGUUCGACCGCGAGGAGAAGAACCAUCGACAGAUCACCGUGACGGCGACGGACAGGGCGCCGCGACAGCUCAUCGGCGUCUGCACGUUCGUCGUCGAUAUAACGGAUGACAAUGACAACGAGCCGAAGUUCUCGUCGACCGAAUACGACACGCCCGUGCCGGAGAGGUCAGAGGUCGGACGCAGCUUCCUCCGGGUCGCCGCGCAGGACGUGGACGUCGGGCAGAAUGCCGAGAUCGGCUACUCUCUCAUCGACACGUCCGGUUUCUUCAGCAUCAACCCGCAGACGGGCUGGAUCUACGUGAAGCGCCCGCUCACUCAGGUGAAGGAAGUGCAAGCGAUCGCCGUGGCGACGGAUAAAGGUGUGCCGGCGCGGUCGAGCAACGUGAAGAUACGCAUCGUCAUCACUGAUCGCACGGGGAGUAAUCCACCGCAGUGGGUGGGGGCACCCUAUCCACCGGUCUUCAUCUCAGAAAACAUCCCAGUUGGCAGUGAGGUGGCGACUAUCAAGGCUCGGUCAGACUACUUUGCAGAUCCCAGACUUCUGUACGACAUCGUGCCCGGAAGUACGAGAGAGAAGAACUCUGAGCAUCACUUCAUCAUGAGACCAGACUUCAAGGAUGAGAAUCAGGCUCACAUUGUCGUCAUUCGACCCCUGGACUACGAGAAAAUGGCUGUUUUUAACCUGACCAUCAGAGCAAAGAAUAAUGCACAGGUGCAGCUGUCCAACGUUACGUACCUCAUCAUCAACCUGCAGGAUGAGAAUGACAAUGCGCCGCAGUUCACGCUUGACCCGUACCCAGCCAGUGUGCCAGAAGACUCGCCCAUAGGUACCUCUGUCAUCCAGGUGAAAGCUGAAGACAUCGACAGCCUAGGACCCAAUAGUCACGUUAUCUAUGAAAUCAUGAGGGAUGGACCGACGGACGAGGGGAGAGCAUUUUCGAUUGACUCGGAAAGUGGUAUACUGAGAACGGCCGAAGAAUUUGACAGAGAAAAGAAGCAGUUGUACCUGAUUCGCGUGCUAGCAAAAGAUAGAGCCCCCUCCACGUGGCCAAACAGGCAGGGCAGUCCGAAUGAAGGUGGUGCUUACGUGCGUGUCAUGGUGGAGGAUGUGAACGAUAACGUGCCAUUCUUCAGUAAGAAACUCUUUGAGGCCGAGGUGAACGAGGAUGCACCGAAGGGCACUAUCGUCAUCGAGGUCACCGCAAAAGAUCGCGACGAAGUUACACACUUGAGGUACCAGCUCACAACUGGAAACAUAGGCGGUGUCUUUGAUGUCAACAACGAAACGGGCGAGAUAAGAGUGCAAGGAGAACUAGACUAUGAUGAAGGCAUACAGAUAUACAACCUGACGCUGGUGGCAUCCGACGGCAAGAACGAGAACGAAACGCUGAUCCGCAUCUACGUGCGGGACGUCAACGACAACCGUCCGAUCUUCCUCACGCCGCAGUACGAGGCCAACAUCCCCGAAGAGAUGAAAGAGGGCCUGCCGAAGAAGAUCCUCCAGAUUAGAUUAGAAACCUGCUGUCCUUGUUUAAUUGUGGUGCGACCUCCUAAUUCUCUUAUGCUGUCUUCGGCAGGCGGUGGCAAGAACAGAUACGGAGCAGCGCGUGUCAGAACCUUGAUGACCUUUGACCGCGAAGUCACGAAGCAGUUCAAGGUUCCAAUCGUCAUGGCUGAUAGCGGCAAUCCUCAGAUGACAGGAACGAACACGCUCACUAUCACCAUUGGCGACAAGAAUGACAAUCCCCACUACGCUGGCAUCAAGGACAUCUUUGUGUUCAACUACAAAAAUAACAUGCCAGAGACAGUCAUUGGGACAGUCUAUGCAGAGGAUAAGGAUGACUGGGACUUCAGCGACAAAGAGUUUACCUUUGCAGAAGGUGUUCCCACCUACUUCAAACUAGGAAACAAUUCGGGUGAUGUUAUCAUCAGGAACAACACACCAGCUGGGAAAUACUCGUUCAAGGUGAAUGUCUACGAUCGGGUGUUCAGCAAAAACGUAGUCUCUACUGUCAACGUCGAGGUGAAGGGCAUCUGGGACGACGCGGUUUUUAACUCAGGGUCUGUGCGAAUAACAGGCAUGACCGGUGAAGAAUUCAUAGCCGUGGACAAAGACGGAAACAGCAAGUAUGCACUAUUCCAGAAAGAGGUUGCCAAAGUAACUGGAGCUUUAGUGGAGAACGUGGAAGUGUUUAGCAUCAUGGAUCGACCGGAAACGAAGGGAAAACCACGUGAGGUCGACAUUCGUUUCGCUGCUCAUGGCUCCCCUUACUACAAGGCUGUGAAGCUAGAUGGAGCUGUCGAGGCCAACCUGAUUGAGGUGGAGCGUAACGUGGGCAUCAACAUCACGAUGGUGCGCAUCGACGAGUGCCUGCGCGAGUUCUGCGAGGGCGGAUGCUCGAAUCGCCUCGAGGCCUUCCAGACGCCAACCCUCGUCAACAGCAACAAGACGUCGCUCGUCGUCGUCACGACGACCGUCACCGCCGAGUGCGUCUGCCUCGCGACGGACUUCCGCUCGGUCGAGACGUGUAAUUCGGCGUCGGCGAUCGGCUGCCGUAAUGGCGGCACCUGCCACGACUCGCCCAAUGGCUACUACUGCACGUGUCCGCAGGGCUUCGACGGGCCGCAGUGCCAGCAGACGACACGCAGCUUCCACGGCGGCGGCUGGGCGUGGUUCGAGCCACUGAAGCAGUGCAACAAGAGCCGCGUCAGCUUCGAGUUCAUGACGGAGCAGGCCGACGCGCUGCUGCUCUACAAUGGUCCGAUGCGCGCGCGCGACGGCAGCGAGCGAGACUUCAUCGUAGUCGAACUCGUCAACGGAAAGCCGCGCGUCACCAUCGACUUUGGCUCGGGCCCGCUGACGCUGUACGUCGGCAAGGCUGAGAAUCUGGGAGACGAGGAGUGGCAUCGGCUCGAUGUCGUGCUCGAGGACAAGAAGGUGACGUUUGUCGUCGACCGCUGCCGCAUGAUCAAGAUGACGGAGAGUGGCAACUACGACCAGUCGUCGUGCAUGGCGACGGGCAUGAUGCCGGGCCGCAACAAGUUCCUCAACGUGAACACGCCGCUGCAGCUCGGCGGCAUCUCGAACACCGACGUCGGCCAGCCGAAGAUGAAGUUCGAGAAGAGCUUCACGGGAUGCAUCAAGAACGUCGUGCAGGACGGCCGGAUGUACGACAUCGGUAACCCUGGAAGUUCGCAGAGUAGCUCACCAGGGUGCGCGAGGACAGACGGGGUGUGUGGCAUCAAUAAGGUGACACCGCGCUGUCUGCACGGCACCUGCCUCGGAUCAGUGCACAGCGCUCAUUGCAGAUGUGAACCCGGUUACUACGGACGGAGCUGCGAAUUGGAGGCACAGCCGCGUUCGUUCGAGGAUAACAGCUUCGUGCAUCUGCAGCUGAAGAAGCUGCCGCUGAGUGAGCAGAAGAGUCGCAUAGAGCUGAUGUUCCGCACGAACAAGCCUGAUGGAACGCUGUUCCGCGCAACCGGCGCAGCGCGAUUCGACUACAUGUCACUCGAGAUCGAAGCUAAGAAGUUGCACUUCCGCUACAACCUGGGCAGUGUAACGCACGAGCUGACCCUGACUCACGUGAACGUGACCGACGGUCAGUGGCACGCAGCUCUGGUCGAACGCUACGGCUCUGACGUCUUCAUGUCCCUGGACGGUGGUGGCGGCAGGCGACAGAACGAGACGCUCGGAUUGCGAGAGCACCAUCGCCUCAUCGAGGUGGACCAGCAGGAGAUCUACAUCGGCGCCGCAGCCUCGAUCACGUCCGUCACCGUGCAGAGCGUGCGCGUCUACAACAUUCCGAGCCCGCAGAAAGACUUUGUCGGCUGCAUCAAGGACGUGCGCUACGAGGAGUACGCGCUCUCGCUGCACAUGGAGAACCAGUACAGCAAGAUCAUGCGCGAGGAGAACGUGAUCGACGGCUGCGCGGACGGCAACGAGUGCCUCGCCUUCCCCACGUGCUCGCUGCCGGCGCACGUCUGCAUCGACAUGUGGCGGCGCGCCGAGUGCCACUGCCCCGGCGGCUACCUGCAGGACGAGCGGGGCGACUGCCACGACAUCAACGAGUGCAUCAUCUCCGUGAGCAACAUGUGUCAGAACAGCGGCGUCUGUGUCAACCUGUCCGGCGACUACCACUGCAGAUGUAUAGAUGGUUGGGAAGGCAAGAACUGCAACUAUCGGCGGGAAGAGGUUGCCCUCGACCUCAGCAAGGGGGCGCUAGCUGCAAUACUUGUUUGCCUUCUGCUGCUGCUCAUAUUGGUGCUCGUGUUUGUGAUGUAUAACCGGAGGCGCACCAAGGAGAAAUAUCCAUAUGACAUAGAUCCAGAUGAUGACAUUAGGGAGAAUAUAAUCAAUUACCAGGAUGAGGGUGGCGGGGAGGAUGACCAGGAUGCGUAUGACAUCAGCAAACUGCGCAAGCCUGCUGAUUCAGACGCACCGGGCAGCAACCAAGCCAGCAAGCCCAACCACCACCGGCCGCCGACCACCGUACCUCCACUAGAGAGUGCACGGCCGGUGCGCAAGGCUCAUCCCCAGUAUCCGCCAGGAGAACAUCCUGACAUAGAAGAUUUCAUUAAAAAUCGCAAAGACGAAGCCGACGAUGAUCCCGGUGCGCCCCCUAGGGACGAUGUCCGGAACUACGCGUACGAGGGGUGUGGCAGCACCGCUGGCUCUCUAAGCUCACUAGCCAGCGGCACUGACGACGAAGACCUCGACUUCGACCGGCUGAACAACUGGGGACCACGCUUCAACAAGCUCGCCGAGAUGUAUGGAGGCGAGGAGGACUGAGUCAAUCGCCGCGCGCGCGCGCAUUGACGUUCCGACGCGCCGAGACUGACCGCCGGUCAGCGGAGAGAUCGGCUUCGUCGGCGACCGAGGUUCUCACAGAAGUGAACGAAUGUCCAAAACUGAAUGCUGGCGACGGAGGCACUCUCGGCGUGGACGGAGUGCGCCUCGGGACCGGGAUCGAGGUCCGUACAGCUGGCUGAGAGUCGUCGACCAGACGACAAGGACUGAUUGUCGCAGCAGCUACUACCCAGCUAGCGUGCUCCAUGUGUAAAAUACUCUCUGUUAAUAAUAAUCAGUAAGCAGCUUGUGAUGUGGCUACAGUGGCUCCCUCUAAGCAAGAGAACGUCUGGUGUGCUUCUAUAUGUUAUACAUAUAUACACAUAUUAUGUAAUAUAUAUACAUGUUAUAUAUAUGUAUGUAUAUAUAUAGUGAUAGGUUCAUUCUGCAGGGAGAAUGACUACAUAGCAGCCUCUUGUUUUCUGAAGGCUGUUGUUUAGAGUGGAGGCCAGGCUUUCUGUCGUGGACCUAAUUUGAACAAAUGUUUUGUAAAAACAAAAUCGGGAUCAACUUGUGAUGUGUCUACUUCGUGUCGCUCUAGGUGGGUCUCUUUCCGUUGUGUGGGCCAAUCUAUGGUAGGCAAAUGUCCGUUCACGUAGCUGACACUGUAAACCGUACAGCAGUAUGAACAAUAUUUGCAGGAUGUUUGAGUGCCACGGUAUCAUGAGAUGUUUGCCGAGAUAUCUAUUGCUGUAGUUUUGAGAAGUGAAUGUGUCCAUUGCUGUACAGUUGCAAAUCAUGAAAAAUUAUGAUGUUUUAUUGCUGAGUGAAUUAUAAGCUUUGAUAUUAUUGGUGUAAAGCAUUUAACAAGGGGACUCGAGACUUCUGACUGUUGCGUACAUGUUAAUGUUAUCUAAAUAUUGAAGCUGCAUAGAUGUAGUGAUAGGCGCUUCAGUUGUUCAGCAAUUGGGGUGUGUUUAUACUAAAAUAAUGUACAGAUGUAGAACACAUAAACCAUAUGUAAAAGAUGACGCACUGCUAGAAGGUGUUAAAACCAUGUGUGGUUCAACAGAAAAGAUGCAGAAUGGUGUAAGAUAAGUUUUGAUAUAUUUCCUCAUAUUAUGUAUCAUCACUUAUAUUCUGGUGAUGAUGAAUCCUGGAUUCACAGGUAUCCUGCAGGUAAUGCCACUGAUGGUUAUUGACAGGUUACCUACAGGUACCUGUCGUGGUUUUCUACAGAUAACCAGUACAUGACUAUCUAAUGGUAAAACAUUGGUAACUUGUAGGUAUACCUGUUGAUCAGUAACCAUGGAUCCCUCUCAGGUAGGCCUUCUAGUAGUUGAUGAUUAACCACAGGUAACACACAGGUAGACCUGUUGCUGGUUGAUUACAGGUAACACCCAGGUAGACCUGUUGCUAGUUGAUUACAGGUAACACCCAGGUAGACCUGGUGCUGGUUGAUUACAGGUAACACACAGGUAGACCUGUUGCUGGUUGAUUACAGGUAACACCCAGGUAGACCUGGUGCUAGUUGAUUACAGGUAACACCCAGGUAGACCUGGUGCUAGUUGACCACAGGUACCACCCAGAUACACUUGCUGACGGUUAACCGCUGGUAACAGUCAGACAUGCCUUUUUAUGGUUAACCACCGGUAACUUGCAGAUAGUCCCUGUUACUGACAAAACAUGUACAUCGAGUGGCAGAGCCUUGCGUUCUGGCCUCAUCUUUUAACAGUGAUUGUGUGUGGGCACGUGUGUGUGAUAGCUGUUUAGUUGUUGUAUCAUUGUACACGUUCGCAUUUUGUUUAUGAAACCAUGUACAAAAUUGUCUAGCAAUUUGUGUAAAACAGUGAUGCCAACAAAAUCGUCAAUCCUUUUUCGGUCCCCUGUACCACCGAUCAGCAUCUUACAGUAGCACUGAUUGCGCCCAUCUAGUGAAUAACACUGCCAUUCUAUGUGAGUAUCUUUGCAGUAAUAUCAAGAGCUAAUAAUACAUUAUUAGCUCUUGGUAACAUCCCUAACGGUGCCUAUGCUUGCCGCUGCACUGCCAAAGCCAUGUCUUUAUCUGUGUGUGUAUAUGAUUUGUGGCCGGAAACUGUCACUGGGUUGUGCUGCCAAGACGUUGUGUGAACAUCGUCAUGAGAUUAUAAUGGCAGAUAAUAGCAGGAUGAGAUAAUGGCGUUUCCAAGAAGCUCGGGAAUAUUACUUUAGGCCAGGGAUGAAGGUGUAGUCAGUGAUUUUGCGACGCAAGGAGGAGAUUAAACAAUAAAUUACGGAUGAUCAUUAAAAAUCUUAGCGGUGAUAAGAAAUGCUUCGGGAAAUGAUUUCUAUAUGACUAUAGGUAUCAAUGGAAAGGUUGUUAGCAAAAUGUGUUAUGAGAUGUGGAUAGUGAGUGAAAGUAUAAUGUAAAUGUUAUUCACAGUUUUGCAUGCCAUUGUCAACGGAUCAUGUAGGCCUACAUCUGUGUAGACAUUUAAAGCUGUGCACACAAAACAGCUUUAACGAACGUAUAUAGCAGUGUAGACAUUGAUAUAAACUUUUGAUAAAUGCGAAAGGCACCACGUCGUUUUACACAACAUAAUAUCUCCCUAGUGUUAGCUGCUACCUCGCUACUUGAGUAUGCGAAGACUUUUAUUUUAUUUUUUAUGUUGCAGCAAAGCGCAUUUAGUCAGAGAUAAAGGCCUAGUUUUUGAGCGGUAACAGUUCGCAAACAUGCGUGACAUGGACAGGUUUUUCUUGUGUUCCACAAUGUUGACUCGUCCCCUUUUCUUAUGUUCAUUCAGCGCGUUUUAGGUAAAGGCUGUUUUAUACACUGAUCACGAUAACGAUUUUUAAGUAAAUUGUUUAAAUGAUUUUAAUCGAUGAGAAUCACUCAAAUUAGUAGACGGCUGUAAUUAUGUAUUUAUUGUGAUAUACACAUAGCGUUGUAACCAUGGGGAACCUUGCAUUUCUGUUUUUAAGUAAGACACACUAAAUGAAGGAAGAGGUGUAGCAGCAAGAAAACUUGCUGACUUGGUUCCAAAUUUUAAUGUGAAACUAGAAUCUCAUUAUAUUGCAUUUGUGACAUUUCCUGAGAACUCUUCUGUUGUUAGGCUAUAAGCUAGAAGCGACGAGGUCGAACACAAGCACAGGAAUAAGUCUCUGUAGAAAGCAGUAUUCAUUAUCACUACAAGUAGGUACUCUUAGGAAAUUCAUGAUUGCAGGGAAUACCCUGUGUCAGGGAACCCAUCAGUGUCGCGUCAUUGUACGGUUGCUUCAGUAUAGAUUUCAAUGUCAGAUUUGCAUGCCAAGAGGACCUAGUGAAGGCGUAAGGUUGUACCCUCGGUAGUAUGGCCAUCGUCAAUCAUUCCAGCAACGAGGAUGUCGUAGGCCAACUAUUGGCAUACCUUCAGACUCUGUACGAAGCUAUUUCCCAUUGCAUAAUUGUUUUAAGAUGUGAAAGCUUAGCAGAGUAACCGUAUGUGGUUGUGAUCCUCCCUCCCCCUCACGAACAAUUAGUUGUAAUGAGUAGACCCCCGUGUUAGUAAUGUGUACAUUUUUUAUUUUAGUGCAUAUUUUUCUUUUUUUUAUACAUGGUGUAUUACAUUUCUUCAUGGUCAUUAUGUGACUGUAAUAUUUGUUCUUACAGAAAAUAAAGAACGUCGUUCUUCAUA